UGGAGACGCUGGUGCACCUAUUAUCUGCGUUGCGCACAGGUUCGUGCGGAGGAUUCUUCAUUGCGCCUCUCUUGGAAGGAAGUUAGCAUUUUCACAGUUUUGCUUUAGUAGUUAAUGCUCAUUUAAAAGAACGAGGUAAUUCAUUCACUGGCUGUUCUAUUCAUUUUGGUUAGGUGGCACAAUCAUGUGCUGCACUGACAUGGAUCCGGCAAACCAAGGAAACAGCUGCAUCAAUCAACUGGGCGGUGUGUUUCUGAACGGCCGAGCACUACCUUCUCACAAGCGCAGGAUGAUGAUUGAAUUAGCAUCAGAGGGUGUGAGACCGUGCCAGAUCUCGCAGAUUCUUAAGGUAUCCAGUGGUUGUAUUAGCAAGAUACUCAGCAGGUAUAAAAAAACUGGGCUGCUGUGCCCAAAGGCUGUUGGAGGAAGCAGACCUCGGAGGCUAACGCCUGAUGUAAUAUCAACAAUUAUUCAACACAAGAGUGCAAGUCCAACCAUCUUUGCUUGGGAAAUUCGCCAAAGCCUUCUGGCAGCAAGAGCAUGUGAGGCUGAGAAAAUCCCAAGUGUUUCCUCCAUCAAUAGAAUUCUGAGAAAGAUGAAGAUUGACACUUUUACUUCAAAUGGCAUCUAUACAGACAUUGUGAAUGCUGUACCGGUUCAAGGGAGGAGGGACAUCUCAUCUGGGACCGAGCACCUGGCCGUUCACAAGUCCUCGACCCCUCUACAGAGCGACACCCAACAGCGGAGCAGGACACACUUCAGCCCCAAGCAAGCAGAGACUCUUGAACAAGAAUUCCUUCACAAUCAAUAUCCAGAUAUGUUCGCUCGUGAAAAAUUAGCCACACAAAUCAAUGUACCAGGGGACACCAUUAAGGUGUGGUUCUCAAAUAGAAGAGCCAAACUGAGACGGGAGAGUCUGACCAAACAGGACAAUGUUGCAUCCCAUGGACCUGCAUUACUACAUUCUGACAAGACAACUCAAUCCCUGACCUACCACCAGGAUAAGAGAUUCACUUUGGCCCACAGAGACAGACAACAUUACCAGUUUGAACCCUCUGAAAUACCUACUAUCUCCCUGACUCAGACCUAUCCAGAUAAUAGUACCCUAUUCUGUUGGGCCCACUGUCAAUCCUUCCAGCCGACAUCUUCAGUAGGAUAUCCCCAAAGAGAGCAGUCUGUCCAUUUGGCUCAUUUCAAUUAUUAGA